CGCACCAUGUCGCCCAGGCGCAAAUAUGCGUGUGUAGGUCAGGGACGCGGUGGCCAAGCGGACCGUCCAGGCUGUGCGUGAUGAGGACUCAGGUAGUGGAAUUUUUGCCCAAAAAGGAGACACCACGAAUAACGGCAUCAGCAAGGAGAGUGCGUGUCAUGUGUUGCAAGCUUUCAGAGAUUCAGAUUCGCUCCACGCUGCUCACAAACGGAUAAGAAGCGCUUGGGGGUGGUCGAUAACAACAACAACAACAAAAUCGCCCCACUCCCCCCCAAAAACUGGAUUUGUUUAAUUUGCACUUAGUGUCAUAAUGGACAGGUUGCACUCGUCCAUGCGUAAAAGGCUGUAUAGUUUGCCCCAGCACAUCGGGCACAAAUCCUCCAUCAUGGGUGAAGGAGAAGACGCAGACAAGGACACGCGGAGGAAGAGCAUCAGGAUGAAGCCCCUGCCGUCGCCCACCUCCGGGGGAAGUUGCAAAGCCAUCGGGGAGACCAAGAGCGGCGAGUCGGCCAUCAUGGAGACGGACAUCGGGAGACCCAUGAAGACCAGCUCUAACGGAGACUGCCGGAGGUUCAGGGGCAGCCUCUCGUCCAUCACCAGCCGCCAUGUGCACGACUCGGACUCGGCGGAGGAGAGGCGCCUCAUCACCGAGGGGGACGUCACCCCCAGCGAGGAGAGCCCACCGGGAGCUAUCGGCGAGGUGGCCCCGGAGCAAGGCGCGCAAGGCGGCGGCGGCGGUGGAGGAGGCGCCGGCGGAGGAAGUGGUAGCAGCGGUGACGCUCCUCCGAACGAAUCCCAAGCGGACGCCCAGUCCGGGUUCAUAAAGUUGGAUGGAAUUGAUCAGAUCUUACCGGACGAUGAGCGGUUGUACCAGGCCGGCUUCAUGCACCGGCAGUUCGGGGCCAUGCUUCAACCCGGGGUCAACAAGUUCUCCCUGAGGAUGUUUGGAAGUGAGAAGGCGGUCGAGAGGGAGCAGGAGCGGGUUAAAUCCGCCGGAUAUUGGAUUAUUCACCCCUACAGUGAUUUCAGGUUUUACUGGGACUUGACCAUGCUGCUGUUAAUGGUGGGCAACCUCAUCAUUAUCCCCGUAGGCAUCACAUUCUUCAAGGACGAGCACACGCCCCCCUGGAUUGUCUUCAAUGUGGUCUCCGACACCUUCUUUCUCAUGGACCUGGUGCUCAACUUCAGAACGGGCAUCGUCAAGGAGGACAACACGGAGAUCAUCCUAGACCCGCAGGAGAUCAAGAUCAAGUACUUGCGGAGCUGGUUCGUGGUGGACUUCAUCUCCUCCAUUCCAGUGGACUACAUCUUCCUCAUCGUGGAGACUCGCAUCGACUCGGACUUCUACAAGACGGCGCGUGCCUUGCGGAUCGUGCGCUUCACCAAGAUUCUCAGUUUGCUGCGACUACUGCGUCUCUCGAGACUCAUUCGGUAUAUUCAUCAAUGGGAAGAGAUCUUCCACAUGACCUAUGACCUGGCCAGCGCCAUGGUGAGAAUUGUCAACCUCAUCGGCAUGAUGCUGCUCCUCUGUCACUGGGAUGGCUGCCUGCAGUUCCUGGUGCCAAUGCUGCAGGACUUCCCCGCUGAUUGCUGGGUGUCCAAAAAUAAGAUGGUGAACGACACGUGGGGCCAGCAGUACUCCUACGCGCUCUUCAAAGCCAUGAGCCACAUGCUGUGCAUCGGCUACGGCAUGUACCCCCCGGUGGGCAUGACCGACGUGUGGCUGACCAUCCUCAGCAUGAUCGUGGGCGCCACCUGCUACGCCAUGUUUGUGGGCCACGCCACCGCCCUCAUCCAGUCGCUGGACUCCUCGCGGCGGCAGUACCAGGAGAAGUACAAGCAAGUGGAGCAAUACAUGUCCUUCCACAAGCUGCCUGCAGACAUGAGGCAAAGAAUCCAUGACUACUAUGAGCACCGCUACCAGGGCAAGAUGUUCGAUGAGGAGAGCAUCCUCGGAGAGCUGAACGAGCCGCUCAGAGAGGAAAUCAUCAACUUCAACUGUCGAAAGCUGGUGGCGUCCAUGCCUCUGUUCGCCAACGCCGACCCCAACUUUGUCACCUCCAUGCUCACCAAGCUCAAGUUUGAGGUGUUCCAGCCUGGGGAUUACAUCAUCAGAGAGGGCACCAUAGGCAAGAAAAUGUACUUCAUCCAGCACGGAGUGGUCAGCGUGCUCACCAAGGGGAGCAAAGAGACCAAGCUGUCGGACGGCUCCUAUUUUGGCGAGAUCUGUUUACUGACUCGAGGCAGAAGGACAGCAAGCGUCCGGGCGGAAACGUACUGUCGCCUGUACUCGCUGUCGGUGGACAACUUCAAUGAGGUGCUGGAGGAGUAUCCCAUGAUGAGACGGGCCUUUGAGACAGUUGCUCUGGACAGACUGGACAGGAUUGGCAAGAAAAACUCCAUCCUGCAGCAUAAGGUGCAGCAUGACCUCAGCUCUGGCGUCCUCAACUACCAAGAGAAUGAGAUCAUCCAGCAGAUUGUGCAGCAUGACAGGGACAUGGCCCACUGUGCCCACCUCUUGCAAAAUGCCCCUCCGCAGACGCCUCCAUCUCCUACCCCUGUCAUCUGGGCCCCGCUGAUCCAGGCACCUCUCCAGGCAGCAGCCGCCACCACCUCAGUGGCCAUCGCCCUAACACAUCAUCCCCAUCUGCCGUCAACUCUUUUCAGGCCCCCGGUUUCUGUUCUAGGGUCCUUAAAGGACCCUCCCAGUCGGCAAAAGAAGUUCCACACAUUUGGUCCUUCAUCACCAGCUCCUGGUUCUGCUGGAGAUUCCCCUGCCAGCACACCUUCAAAAAUACGCUCUGGGGUGGACAUGUCAUUGCUUUCCUCUUUUCAGGCUCAGCAUGUGGCAUCAGGUUCAGUGACAGCUAGCUCCAACCAACAGGGUGAAGAUAGUGGAAGCCAGUGUGGACAGAAUGAUACAAGGUCAGGAUUUAGUGCGAGUGGGACCUCAGCAUUUUCUCGCAGACUGUAUUCAUCUUCUGGUUCACCCUCAUCAAGUAUGGCCCAGCUACACUCACAACCACAGCAUCAGCAGCCUUUUCGCUCAACUACCCCACCUUUGUCAAAUCUCUUCCACCAGGGAUCAACAGGUGGAAGCACAGGGUCAGGAAUAAGUGGGAGCGCAGUUGGAGCCUGUGCCAGUGCAUCAGACUGGCCUUCAGGUGGAGCAGUAGGGGGUUCUAUGGAAGGGGAUGGUGGAGGGGACAAUGCAUGGGCUGCCGAUGUCUUUACAACUGCAGCAAAAGAAGCAAGUUCACUGAGAAACUUUAGAUUGAGUUCAGCUCCCAUUGGAUCAGCAGGGGUUAUCUCGGGGGAAUCAGUAGUAGGGGUAUCUGAAGGUUCAGUCGGUGGGGCUUGUAGUAGAUCAGCACUAGUGGCAUCAGGUAGUGUUACCUGUGCAUCAUUAGCAUAUUCCUCCAGGAGAUCUUUGAAAGGAGUCUCUCGUGGAUCAACGGGAAGGGCUUCUGGAGAAUUACUUGGAGGGAUGACCACUGGUGGUUCGUUAGGCAGGUUUUCGUUUGAAGGGACUGCAGGAGAAUUAAGUGUGUCAACGACAACUAUGGGAUCUGUAGGAAGGGCUUCUGUUGGGCCAGUAGGGGAGACCUCUGGAGAUUUACUAGUCUCAACAGCUGCUACUGCAUCACUAGGUAGGACUUCUUUAAGGUCAGUUGCCACGACUUCUGGAGAAUUACUCGUACCAGUGACUACCGGUGGAACAUUGGGGUGGGCCUCUGAUGGAUCAGAAGGAAUGGUUUCUGAAGGAUUAACAGGCGGAUCCACGAUGGGACCCCUAAUCGGCCUUUCUAGUGACUCUGUAAUAGUAAACCCUGGAGGAUCUCUAGGAAGGGCUUUCAGUGGAUCUGCAUCGAGGUACAUUUGUUCGAGUGUGCAAGGGGAAGGAACGAUUGGAUCACAUAAAAGCAAAUCAACAGAUGGGUCUGUAGGGGGGUGUGUAACAAGUGGCCCUUCAGGAGGUAUCUCUGGUGCAGUUGUAGAAGGACUUAUUUCUUCAACACAUAGUCAGAGUCCUAUAUCGACUGGCUCUACUAGCCCCAUGCCGGGACAGCUUCUUCACAGUCAGCCACCUCCCAAACCUCCUCAAGUGACCCCCUUCCAACAAUUUGCAGGAGGGGGCAGGACUACAAGUGGCUUAAAUCUCUUCCACUCCCCUCCACAAGGAUCCCCAUCCCCAAGCAGAGGACAUAAUAGUCAACAGCCUGCUGAUGGUUCCCUAUCAUCCCUUGGUCAUAUUGGCCUGGUGGGCCCUCAGUCAGGAUUCCUUACUCACCAGAUGUCCUUGGAGAGGUCUGCGUUGGCUUCCUUGGCCCAGUACGGUUCAGCAAAUGCCUCUCCAUGCCUUACUCCAGUUGCUCCCAGCCCGACUUUUCAAAGCCCAGUUAUGAGCAGGACUUUCCACUACAGUGACCCCGCCAGUGCCCCAGGAUCCGAAAGUCCUAUGCUCAUGCCUCAAUCCUCUCUUCCAUCAUAUCCUCCGGUCCAGACGCAGACCACAGGAAGAGAUUCUCAGCCAGGUCGCUUUUCAGAGGAUCUAAAGCUGCUAUCCAGCUCGCACCCAUUGCUUCCCCAGGAGGUGGCCCAGGCCUUAGGCCAACAAACUCCCUGCUCCUCCAUGGAAGCAGGUUAUUACCCCUCACCUUUCUCCUCACCAACUCUAAAACCCAAACCUUGUACCUCAGUUCCGGGGCAUAUGACACCUCCAAUCCAGCUUUCUCCAGGGCACUCGCAUCAAACUUGCUCUCCCGGAGCCUCCCCUUCCUCAUCGCUUCGAAGGGGCUCCUCUGCCUACUCAUCGGAUCUAGAAACUCAAACUGUCCGCUCGAAGCUUCCGUCCAAUUUGUGAGGAUUGAUCACACCCUCCUGUGCUCCUCCAAACUGAAACGCAUCCUAUGUCACGUGUGACAUUUUCCCUUUUCUUUUAUCAGAUGUCACUGUGUUCCAUUUUCAUUUGACCUUCUAUUUGCUGUGAUUUCAAAGACACUUUACCAGGUAACACUGUUUUAUGCUCUGUCCUAUCAUUAUUUAUACAUCAUGUAUAUAGAUAGAGAUAUAUUUAAGUGAAAAGUUUAAUCAAGGAGGGUGUGAAAAAGAUCAAUAUUUUACAUGGAUAUACAGUUUCUUUACGCUCCGAAGAUGUUUGCAAGGGACACUUUAGUUGACUGUAUACAAAUACUCAUUUUGUCUGCAGGAACCUAUGCACUAACACCUGCGUUUAAAGCUUCUUAUGUGUCUCAAACAAAAGUUAUCUACAGUUUUGCUAAAACGAUACCGUAUCAUACAGGAUCGCAUAUUGUUGAUUCCUAAAUGUAGAGACUGUGCUUAUUUAUCAUAUGUGUAAACCUUUCAAAAACCUGACGACAAAAAAGAUUUUAGGAAACCAAAAAAGACUUGUAGUGAGGUAAUGUUUCACCUCCUCGUUUCCCUUCCGUAACCCUUGUUUUAUAUCACUUUAUUGUAAUAAUAAUAAUAAUCAUCAUGUUUUUUGAAGCAGGGCGAGAAAGGAUGCUAACGGGCUACCCUCGAUCUCGAGAUAGCUGCAUAUGAGCGGCGGUGACCGUGUCCCGAACACUUUUGUCUUCCAAACCCAUGCCGCUGAUGUGUGUAGAAGGCGUGUGUUGUUGUUCUUCCUGAAUGUGUGCAACUGUUCAUGUAGCGAGUGUACGCGACUCAAUGGAACAGUCGGAUGCAAGGCAGGACUUUUAAGCCGGACCGAAACUGAACAUUUGCCUUUUAUUUAUAGGACUUCCAUGAACCACAGCUUGUCUGUGCAGAGCAGGAGUGGCGAAUAUUUUGUCCUAUCAGGGGCCAUCUUUUUUUAUUUUUAUAAAAUCCUCCAAGGGUCAUUUAUGAUGCGACUGUAGGUUAAUUUUAAGUCUUGAGGCUUUUUUCUAGCAUUGCAUAAUAUCGACAAUUUAUUGCCCACGAGCCAUACGGUCCUUACUCGUUGUAAAUUAUCCAGGUAUUUCCCAAAAAUUUAAUCAAAGACAACUGGACCCCAAAAACAUCCAAUUGCUUUUAACCUACCGUUUGUGUAGUUUAUUAACCACAUUUUGUGUGUUGCAACAUGUAGCGCUUGGACCGUUCCAAGUCCAAACAUACAGUUUUUACAUACUUUACACAAGCUUCAAACCCCUCAGAAUGGACAUAUAACUUGACGUUUUAAUUUGUGCAUAAUUAUCUUCUUGUAUGGCUGCUAUACCGUCAACAUAGGCUCGUCUCCUCACCGUAGACUCGCGUUGAGUUUAAGAUCUUGAAUGUAUGUACAUUUGUGGUCGCUAAAACUCAAGUACUGUAUUACUGAGUGGGACUCUUCCGGAACUUCAAAUGGUCAUUUGGUUUCAAUAUCUUGAGUAUAUGUUUUUUUUACUGGCAAAAAGUUACUGGACACCCUGCAAUUUUAAAGUAGCCUCUUUCCCAGUGAUGAUGUAUUGCAAUACUGUCAGUCUAAGUGAAAGCUGGCGUACAAAAGUAGCUAUAUUGGUUUAGAGCUGUGGUGCCCAUCAGUUCGAUUGAGAGCUACCAGUCGAUCCUGGAGCUUGUGUCAGUCGAUUCCCAGGCUUUAAAAAAAAUUAGAGCUCAGAAUUACCAAUCAUCAGUCUUCACUAUGUCGUUAUUUUUGUCACUUGAUUGACGCAAAUGGCACCCGGGGAUUUUGUGAAAUGACGCUGGCUGCUGCCAAGUCAUUAUGAAAAAAUUAAACAACCUACGAUAACGAGAUAAAUAACUCUUUCGCUUAACACCUGCGGCCAAAAGUCUAAAGACCGACCCCACCGUUCCUGUCUUCACAAUAAAAGGGCUUCUCCAUCAUGCCUGCGCCAACAAAAUAAGGGGUUUCCGAAAACAAGCACAUACAAGCUAGUGAGCUGUCGAAUUACCCUCCAAUAUAUUUCUUGUAAAACGUAUAAAAACGAGUAUGUAAGUUGGACAAAUAAGAAGCUCAAAAAAAACAACCAUAUCAUCUGGUAUUGCAAUGACAGGAGGAUUUAUUUUCUCCUCCACUGGGGAUCCUGUCUGAUUUAAAUUAAUGCAAGUCAUCAGAAUAAGGUACUGCAAUACAUCAACUUAUAACAAGGGAAUUUCUAUGCAUUUAUUAUGUUUUUAAAUACAGGACAGGCCAAAGGUUUAGACACACCUUCUCCUUUCAAUGCGUUUUCUUUAUUUUCAUGACUAUUUACAUUGUAGAUUGUCACUGAAGGCAUCAAAACUAUGACACCUGUGUAGUGAAAACUAUUUCAGGUGACUACUUUUUGAAGCUCAUCGAGAGAAUGCCAAGAGUGUGCAAAACAGUAAUCAGAGUAAAGGGUGGCUAUUUUGAAGAAACUAAAAUAUGAAUCAUGUUUUCGGUUAUUUCACCUUUUUUUUUUUUGCUAAGUACAUAACUCCACAUGUGUUCAUUCAUAGUUCCGAUGCCUUCAGCGACAGUCUACAAUGUAAAUAGUCAUGGAAAUAAAGAAAACGCAUUGAAUGAGAAGGUGUGUCCAAACGUUAGGUCACCUCGAAUUGGUCAUUUGAUAAAUAGCUCUGCGUAGGAGAGAAUGAAAAUGGUUUUGGGACUAUUUUUGACAGAAAAUCAUUGAAAGGGCAUAAACACAGACUUUAUAAUCUACCGAGCUGGAUAGAGAUGAGUAUGUUCUCAACACUUAUUUUUUUAGCUUUUUGAUUGGCUACUUUUCGUGCCAUGUCACAAUUCAUGAUGCCAUGACUGGGGUGGCGAUGGCACUCCCAAUAGACAUAAUAUUUACUAUUGUCCCACAAAACCCAUUUUGAAGCCAAUCAAUUGGACAAAUUCACUCUUAACACACCUCAGACCACAGGACAAUCGUGUAAGGCAAUCAUAUGUGAAAUAAGAUAAUCGGACGUUUACCGUCUUGGGUCGGAAGGCAUGCAGUCGGAACAAAACUGCGGGAUUGUCUGUGUGUGCACCUUGCUUUGUCUUGUAUGAAAACUAAAUACAUGUGGGGAUGUAUCCUAGCCGUGAACCUAGUUGGUUGGUAGCUCAUCACUAAGACACACACACACAUCCAGGUUCCACUUCCACAGCUGAGUCCCCCCUUACUCAGUCACAGCAGCCUAAUUUAACAAGACAUGUCUGUAAUCCCUUGACCCUCACAGAGGUGCGUGGUGACCAUCUCCACUCAUUACACUUCCCAGAAGUCCCCGUAAUGAGGAUGAAAAAGCAAACACGAAGGACAAACUCACAAUUACGGACAAGAUUAGUUUUUUGGGUUUUUUUUUCUCCAAAUACCCUUAAGAUUUGAUUCUAAUUCAACAAGUCGGGACAUUGUUUUAAUACGGCAAAAAGGUAGCAUUGAACGGGCCCAUGCAAGUCAUGGUUGACUUUAACGUUGUGAAGUGGCAAGCAUCCGUAGUUUGAAGGGAAUCGGAAAGUGAAAUCUAUUCAAUUUAGUCACUAGUAAAACAAAUGAUUGCAUACAUUUUCUACCAUGAAUUGAUUAACGUGGACCCCGACUUAAACAAGUUGAAAAACGUAUUCGGGUCUUACCAUUUAGUGGUCAAUUGUACAGAAUAUGUACUGCACUGUGCAAUCUACUAAUAAAAGUAUCAAUCAAUCAAUCAAUCAAUCAAUCAAUCAAAAAACCUACCAUAGGCAAUUUGGGGACGAUCUGACCUUUUGACAACCUGACUCCUGCUAGAUCCUUGCUGACCUCCACACAAGAAUCUGGGCUCGAGGGCCUCGCACACUACUUCAAGAUAGCAAAAAAUAACGAACCAAUCACGAUCACCGGGCGGGAUUUCAUUGAUGUGAAGUAGCACCGAUGGGACUGUUUGAUUCAAACAACAAUGGCGGCACGCAACGAGGAGUCGUGUGCUGACAUUGAUUCUGCUAUUGCAACCGUUUUGCGACCUCGAUCGUCUACUGACAUUGCUGCGUUGUUUCAGUAAAAGUUGUCAGACUUUUCGCUCUGUCGUUAUCUAAUAUGUCUGCUGUUCCGUUUUGGAUUUCCCAGCGUCGCUUUCAUCAGCGUCAUGGGUUGAUUUCGAUGUGAGUGGUUGAAGUAGCACGUCAUUCAAGAUAACGGACAAGUGGUUUAACCAAUCACAUACAAUAUUUUUUUUUUUUUACAAGACACCGCCUUCUGAAAUACAUCUCCUAUUGAGAACUCCCAGAUCCUUGUGUGGAGCUCAGCGAACUACAAGAAUCUGGCAAGAGUCAGGUUAACCUUUUGCAAGGGAUUUGUAGCAAUUUGAUGCUAAUGCGAUUUGUAACUCAUGUUUGGGAAAACUCAUGUAUGAAAAUCGAGACAUUUAAUUCUCGCCAUGGAUGGAAGUUUCAUUUAUGGCGCCCCUUUUCGGUUGUGGUCAGAAUGCUGCGGCUCAAUUGUAUCCUCAGUCCGGCCUAUGAACAUUUUCUUGUUGGCGGACAUUUUUUUUAACCAAUCUUGCUCACAUUUUAUAUGCUUGUCAGUUCCCUCAAGGUGUGUAGUAAAUUCCGCAGUUAUUUAUCUUAAUACCCUGACGUUACAGUGAGUGUUUUCUGUAGCACAUUUAGCUGUGCGAGAAUUUUUAAGUCAUCAUGUAGCAUGCAGUGGAACCUAAUUGGCUUUUGAACAAGGAUCGUAAUAAAAAGGUUUGUAUAUUGAAGCAAAUGUUUCCAUCUGAAAACAUGUAAACACCAGUAAUGGGUUUCAGCCUCAACACAAUCCCAUAUUAUAGUAAAACUUUCAACAAUUCGAACAUAAUUAAACGCGCUAUACAGUACUGCAUAUGAAAUAAACAUAACAAGGUGGUGAUUGAUCAACUUUUCAUUCAAUUACAAAGUCAAAACAACAACAAUUAGCUGAACUGUCGUCGUUUGAGAACACGAACACACACUGUCACUAGCCCUGUGGUGCACUCGCAAUUAAAAAUCACAAAACUCCUUAACUUUAACAGCCAGGUCACUUCAACGAUAUGGAAAAUAAAAUAAAUCCACUUAACCUUGUAUUCAAUAUUCUUGAUUCACAGCGUAAGGUAGGGGGAGGAGCGAAGAGGCAGUGUCGACAACGCUGGGGUUACUUAUUCAAUGUUUCAAACCACACAUCGCUUGUCCAUUGCUUUCUUGGGACUUAUAUUGAUCUCACAUAAACUACAAAAAGGCUUUAAAAAGAAAAAUAAUCACAAAUUUGCCCAGUAGCUAAUGACAGCACUUCUGUGGAUGAAAUGUAAGUACACUGAGAUGGUGUAGGUCUGUGGCUUGUAAAACAAAAAGUUUGUGCAAUGAGGGAGUCAUAAAUCGAAGUUCCACUUUUGUUCAAAAAAUAAAUAGCACGAGCAUAAGCAACAUGUUUUGUAAAAUGUUUGCACUUCUUUGCGCAUCUGUUACACUGUGUGAUGCCCUCAUUUUUUUCACAUGAUUAACCUGAUAUGAGCAACGAUACGAAGUGAAAUCCCCUACAUUGUCACUUUGAAAAACUUAUUCCGUUUUCUUUCUUCACUGCCAACAACAUUCUAACAAUGUGUCGGGGGUUUUCAAAGUGUGGGGCAGUGAUCUUCCCCUGUGAGAAUAUGAAAAUCGAAUGGGCCUUCCCUACUUCUUGAAAAUAUAUUUUCUGGAGCAUUUUACGACUGAGUUGUCACUCUUUACUCAAUCCGUAUGAGCUAGGGAUGUAAUUUAACAUUUCAUGUCACAGUUAUUAUUAAUAUUGUGGUAUUGUUAGAUGUGCUCAAAAAGUACAUAUACCACACACUGAAACCUUAUAAAGCUUUCAAAUAUUAUUUUUUAAUUUUUCCAUACAUUCCAGUCGAUUUAUUUGAAAAUGACAGUAAAUAAAACAGGCACACAACAUCAUACUUGCCAACCCUCCCGAAUUUUCCGGGACACUCCCGAAUUUCAGUGCCUCUCCCGAAAAUCUCCCGAGAAAACUAUUCUCCCGAAUUUCUCCCAAUUUCCUGCCGGACCUGAGUGAGGACAGCCUGUCGUCACGUCCACUUUUCCUCCAUACAAACAGCGUGCCGGCCCAGUCACGUUAUAACAUCUACGGCUUUUGGAGAGUGCACAACUGCACACACAACAAGAAGGAGACUAUUAUAUAUGUCUCCGUUAUUCAUUGGUUUAUCUAUAACCCAUAAAGUAGGCAGGCACGGAGAUAUUUCUCAGCGUGUAUUUAUUCCAGCCGGCACGUUAAUUCACUGACACACAUCAUGCAUUGCUUCAAAAUUACGACAAGUAAUAAUGUCCAAAAAAAGAUAGUGACAGAGAAUAAAAUGAGGAUGGACAAUUCAACCCUAAACUCACUCCUUUUCUGCAAAUUUAAUGUCACAGAUGCUGCCCAUACCUAUCCUCCUUCAAAGGCUUUGCUACUGGCUGCAAAGCAUUGCACUUUCAAAUACAACAAUAAGUAGAGAAGAAUGUUGUGUGUGUAAAUGUGUAAAUAAAU